GAUUCUCAGGACGACGCGGACUUGGGCCAGAAGAAGUGGGGCGCCAGAGACUGGCGCGGCAGCAGCAGCAACAGUGCGUGGCGACAGUCCCCAGAGGACUGGUCAUCUUCGUGGUGGGAGAAGCCUGACCUGAGCGACCCCGACGCAUGGUUGGGAUGGAGCGAGUACCGCUUGUGGCGCCGGGGCAUACGACGCUGGCUGGCCGGGACAGGUGUCUCCGUCGGCCGUCGGGCAGACAAGAUCCUGAAGGUGCUGGACCUCGACUUGCGCAAGAAGUUCGAGGAUCUAUCGGACGACAUCCUCGUUUCCGAGGCCGGCCCGCAGGCGAUCCUCGAUCGCUUGGACGCGCUCAGUGGCCAGAGGCAGGACGACGAGAUGAGAAGAGUGGGCCGCGAGUGCUUGUUCGGGUUUCAACGCCGGCAGGGAGAGACGCUGAUCGUCUACGCGGCCAGGAUGGACCAGGUGUUCGACCGCCUCUCUUCGCAGGGGCUCGAGUUGAACAGCAAGUGGCGACACCUGUUCAUUGAGGAAGGAGUCGGUCUAGACGACUCACAGAAGCAGAUGCUCAAGAUUCUCAAUAAGAAUUCAGGAGAGUACCAGGAUCUGCCCCACGCCAUUCGAGAGAUGGAUAUGCAGCGGAAUGAGAGCCUGACCCAGAGCAAGAAGACGUUCGCAGAGUUCGAGCAGACGUCACAGCCCACGUUCUACGACGACGAGGAUGUCUCGUCCAUGGACUCAAGUCAGGAGCAGACCGUGCUGGUGACGCUGGACAAAGCGGACCUCUCGGAACUAGAAGUUCCCACCAUUUUGGCAGAGCUCGCUUCCGAGAGGCGCAAGACGUGGAAGGAGAACAAGGACUUCAAGAGGCGGCUGAAG